AUGUCCGAAGCAAUUUAUGAUCAGAUAGAAAUCGAAGAUUUCACAUUUGAUGCAACUACUGAGCUAUUUACAUAUCCAUGCCCCUGCGGAGACCGUUUCCAAAUAGCACUGGUGGAUCUGGAGGGUGGAGACGACAUAGCAGUUUGUCCCUCGUGUUCGUUGAUGGUGAAGAUUAUAUUUGAAUCUGAGGACUUGAAGGAGUAUCAAGAUCAGCUUGAUAUGUAA